UAGGCCUCGGUGAAGGAGAGCGAAAGGACAGUGCAGUUUCCAGCUUCUCUCACCCACCGCAAUGGCUCUGCCUCUGAAGUCCUUGAGUCGGGGCUUGGCAAGUGCAGCAAAGAGAGACCAUGGAGGGGCAGGAGCCAGCACCUGGCGCCUCCUGACCUUCGUGCUGGCGCUGCCCAGCGUGGCCCUCUGCACCCUCAACUCCUGGCUCCACGCGAGCCACCGUGAACGCCCCAAGUUUAUCCCCUAUCACCACCUCCGUAUCCGCACCAAGCCCUACUCCUGGGGAGACGGUAACCACACCCUUUUCCACAAUCCCCAUGUCAACCCUCUGCCCACUGGCUAUGAACAGCCCUGAGGCCCAGGCAGAUGCCACCAGGUGCAAUAAAGGACAUUCUGCUCAUUUGCCAUUACCAAGGAGCCUGAAGCCUGUGCUGAGCCCCAUGAGCAACACACACUAGAGUUCUUCCUUUGGCUUCUCCCCUAAUAUUAUUCAUAGCACCAUUAAGAAAAGAUUAUCAGCCUCAGUCACCUGAAAAAGCGAGAGAAUGUUUUCUAGGCCCACAAGCAGGUUCCCCCAACUCUUCCUAGAACAGGACUCAGGUCCCUGAAUUAGAGCUCUUUCAUACAAGAAGAAUGUGUUAUAAACAUCCUCAUUUAAUGUGGCAAUUCUUUAUAUAUAUGAAAAUUCAUGCUGGCUUCAUGUUUGCUUCUGUAAAAAGUGAGUCAUUACUGAAGAACUGACAAAUAUGUUAAAAUAUAAAAACCUUUCAAUGCCUUGAGAA